AUGCUGCAUUUUUUUAGAAACAGCUGCACACUCAGGGAAGGCUUUGUUUUCUAUGGAGCCUACCACGACGACUGGCGAAAUAAGCUCCUGCACAUCACCUUUGUGCCGAUUAUCUUCACGACAGCGUUGAGUUUUCUGGCGCGGGUGAAGGUGACAGAAUUCGUUGACAUGUCGCUGAUCGUUGCUGGGUUGUACGCCGUCUCCUUUAUCAAGACGGAACCCGGUGCGGGGAUUCCGUACGCCGCUUUUAUUUUCAUGAUGCAGUGCGUUGCGUCGCACUUCUUGCUAUCGAGAGUGGCACUUUCUUUUGCACUUCACGUGAGUGGCUGGAUCGCGCAGUUUAUUGCGCAUGGGCUCUUUGAGCGGCGCGCUCCAGCGCUUUUGGAUGAUCCGCUGCAAGCCAUUCAUUCCAGCGUCUUCUUUGUGUGGUUAGAGAUUAUUUUUUACUUUGGAUACAAGCCGAAACUAAAGAGGGAGCUUGACAUGUUGGUGAAACAGAAGAUCGCGCAGUUGGACAAAACGAGAAGUAUUCAGUAA